AUGCGAAUAACGUACGAUUUAAAUUGGUUGCUUAUCCUCAUAAAAAAUCACCGAUAUGACGAUAAGCGAUACCCUUAUGAGUUACCGUGCGCUGAAAAUUCACCCGAUUCGGAGUUUUCCCUAUUCUCAAAAGGAAGAACGUAUACAAAUUGGAUUCAGGAAACGGACUUUGUUCGAAAGUCUGCUGUCUCCAUCACGGUUAAUUUGUAUGAAACGGAUCUUCCCCGAAGUUUCAAAUGUGUUGCGCAAAAUAAAACAAACAAUUCUCAGAAUUCGACGAUUUUUAUUCGAAUUCCAGCAUAUCCAGCCACCGUAUAUUGGCCUGAUAGAGAGGACAUCGUCUACAAAAACUUGAACAUAUUUUACUGCAUUUCUCGAAUCCCGGUUCGAUUCGAGAAGGAAGAUUCCCUCCCAACAUACUUGGAAGACACUAAGGCGGGAUUUGUCGACUACUAUAUCGGCAUGGGUUUCAAAUACACAAAGGCGGUACAAGUCACGCUGGAUGAUGGGGCAGACGCGGAUGGCCAAAUUGGAAAAGUCACGUGUCUCGAUGAGGCCAGCAAUGGGACACAUGUUUAUUGGAGUUGGAACUAUACCAUUUCGAGCGAGGAAGAUGGUAAAGGAGAAAGAAUAAGAUUUAACGGGCCGUAUAAAAGGGCAGAGUGUAAAACAUCGGUUGAGGAGGAACUCACUGGUAUCCUGUACAUUGAAGCUGGAAACCAUGUGGAACUAUCAAUGAGAGAAAAUUGUCUUAAAUUACCAUACAAUGAAUGGAAUUUUUGUAACCACCGAAUACCCGAAUUACCAACAGAGUCAGAAUUGGAAGAUUCUUCCUUUGUGUACUCCCCACUUCCGAACGGGACCUCUGGGGCGUUUCAAUGCAUGACGCCAGACGUGUACAAUGAUGGAAUUCACUAUGAAGUAUUUGCUGAGACGGUGAAUAACCAAUUAGGGAAUGCAAACAAUAAGGAGCAGGAAUUCAUAAAAGUGGGAAAAUUAUCCAAAUACUCAAUAUUUAUUGGAGAUUUUAUCCACAUUAGUUGUAUAACUUCUAACAUGUAUUUCUAUGGGAGUGGAAUUUGGGUAUUACUUUUCAAUAAUGGAACUCAGUCCGCUGUCCAGAAAUCAUGGAUCAUUUCUGACGAUAUUCACCGCGUCGGCUCAUUUUUGGAACGUCACAGCAAAAUCACAAUUAACAGUAUGGACGUGAUUGGAACAACUUGUGGUGGGAUUUCCGUCAUUUAUUCAGAAAAGUGGGCGCGGUCUGGCAAGAAUGCUGGGAUUGUUUUUCCUGAUCAGAGAUUUGAUAAUUUAAGGGUUAAUGCAAGAACCGAGUUGCCAUCCGUAGGCCCGAUGGGAAUUAUCCUGUCCGCCUCUGCAAUGGUCAUCCUGGUCGUAAUUCUGAUCGGAUUCGGAAUCUGGAUGCGUAUGAGGCCCCCAGUAGAUGCCGUAUUCUACAAACUAAUCAAAGAUUUCUUCGACGGAUACGAACCGACGGGGGUGGAUGUGACCAAUCCUUGCCAAACUGCGGAAAGCCAGCCAUACGAUAAAUCUUAUGAAAUUCCAUUAAAACAUGUGUCCAUCAAGUUGGAAUCUCCGUUAGGAAGUGGAGCUUACGGGUUGGUAUUACACGGGACGAUAGAUGGCAAACAUAUCCCGCGCAUAAAAACAGGGGGUAAUACGCGAGUCCCCAGCUGUAUCGAUAUUGCUGUCAAGACGAUCAAGCCAGACUCAGAUUCCUCUUUUCUAACUUCUCUCCGAACUGAAAGUUAUGAUUUAUAUCGGACAACAUGACAAUGUCCUUGCCAUGAUUGGUGCUUGUACUGAGGAACUAAAGAAUCGUACUGGCUUAAAUAUAUGG